UUGUGUUGAUAUUAUUGACAAUUUGUCAUUGUCAAAGUUUAGUGUACUCUAGCGUCGAUUGUGUCGAAUUCUUACAAUAUUUUCCGGCAUUUCUUUGAAUAAUGCUAAGCAUAACGUGUAAUUAAAUAGGUGUGAGGUUUUAUAGUGACCGACGCGUCAGGCCGCUGAGGAAGAUAUCUUCUUUACGCCAAGAUGUCUAAAUGGCAGUCGGAGCGCAGCAUCCACGAGAUGUUGAAGGACACUCCGCCGCUGCGCGAGUCCAGCGACUCCAUCACAUCGGGCACCGAGGCCAAGUUCCCCACGUCGCGGUCCAUGCCUUUCCCGCCAGCCUACGCUCCCCCAGAUGUAUCACAGAAUGGAACAGGCUCGGGCACAUUGCUGCGCUCGGGGUCAAGCAAGCUGGACGCUAUCCGCAACUGGGGUGUCUCCACAUACAAGUGCACCAAGCAGAUACUGUAUGAAAAGCUCGGCAAGAGCUCACGCACUGUUGACACUGAGCUGGAGGCGCAGAUCGAGAUGCUGCGCGAGACGCAGCGCAAGUACGCGGGCGUGCUGCGGCUGUCGGGCGCGCUGACGGCGCAGCUCGGCGCCGCGGCCGCCACGCAGCGCGCGCUGGGCGAGGCCUUCGCCGACCUCGCGCAGAAGUCGCCCGAGCUGCAGAACCAGUUCCUGUACAACGCGGACACGCAGCGCACGCUGACGCGGAACGGCGAGACGCUGCUGGCGGCGCUACACUUCUUCAACAACUCGCUCAACACGCUCACCAACAAGACCAUCGAGGACACGCUGCUCACCAUCCGCCAGUACGAGGCCGCCAGGGUGGAGUACGACGCGUACCGCAGCGAGCUGGAGGCGAGCGGCGGCAACCCGCCCGAGCUGCUGCUGGCCAGCAUCGCGCGCCGCCGCCGCUCCUACGAGCGUCUGCGCGACGACUCCGCCGUCAAGCUCAAGCUGCUGCACGAGAACAGGGUGAAGGUGAUGAACAAGCAGCUGCUGCUGUUCCACAACGCGGUGUCGGCGUACUUCAGCGGCAACAACGUGGCGCUGGAGGCCGCCGUGCGGCACUUCAACGUGCUGCCCCCCGCCGCCCCCGCGCCCGCCCCCGCCACCGCCCCCGCCGCCCACGCGCCGCCCGCCACCGGCUAGCCGACGCCCUCCGACCGACAGCUUGUCAAAACAUACAUGCCCGUGGGCAUUUUGAAAAACUAGAUUUUCUUGCUUACAACCCAAUGUCAUUCAACUAUUUAAUUGAUUACGAAAAGUAAUGAUGAUUUUACAUUUAUUUUAAUAAGGAUAACGGUGUCAGAUCAUAUUCUGAUAAUUAUACAUAAAAAAGCACUUUAAAUAAUUACCAUGUAUUUUUUGACAAACUGUACAUAUUUUGAUUUCCUGUUUCAAAAUUAAUUUAAUUGAACUUCUAUUGUGUAUCCGUGAUUUAUUGGAACAGAAUAAUGGGUCUCACAAUAAACUGAAAAUAAUGACUAGUAAUUAAAAUACUGUCUCGCAAUAAUGUUGAUAUAACAGUGGUAGUGUGUGUUGGGCCGUACCGGAGGCUCGGAGUGUUCACUCCAACUACACGGUUAGAUUAAGCUUUAUUUUAAUUUUGUAAAUAAUGUAAUGUGACGCUUAUUGACCAAAAUGAAAUUCCCGUAUUAAUUGAUAUUUGUGACAGAAAUAUGCCAGAUGUUAUCACUAGACAUCUACUAAAUAUAUGCACUAUCAAAAUACUAUUUACUACUUGAACGAAAUAUUUUGGCAUUCACUAAUUUCAGAAGUUUUUUAAUAAGGUCGAAAAAUACUACAUCUUUUCAACACGCUUUAUGUAACUAUGUAAUGGAAUCGAAUUUAACCAUCUUCCAAACAUUGUAGCUUCAUAAAUAUUGGCAACAGUAUGUAGGUCUGAUGACAAUACAAUAAUAUGGCACUGUCGAACUGAUCUGAUGGAAGAUAUGAACCGGAACUUCAUGAUAGAACGUCGUAUCAUAGUUGUUCGGACUUCUUAGGAAAGUCUCGUAAUGAUUUUGCACGCAUUUAUAAAAGCGUGUUUUUUUUAAACUUUUCAUUUAUUUCCGAUAGCUGAUAAUAUUUCAGUCCAUAUGUUGGCCGGUGCUUGUUAAUAAACACCAGCGAAAUACAACAAGCCAGACUCUUAACUAAAAUAUGCACAAUUCAGAAAUAAAUUGCCAAAAUACAUAUGUAAUAACACUGUCAUAAUAAAGUUUAUGAAUUUGCUUGUGCAAACAACGCCUAUACAUGUCUACUUUGUUAUCAUGUGGCCACAACGUUUAGUGAAGCCAUGUUAGCGUCAUGAAAUAUACUGAACUCAUCAAAAUAUUUUUAGUUGAUACUAAUUCCGAGCAUACACAAAUAAAAAGUAUAAUGUAUACCCUUUACAUUAGUAGGUAGUAAAUAUUUAAUGAAUUUAUUUUUACAGUAUUCCAAUUAUGUUAUAAGUUGUGUUAGCUAAGCUUACAUUAUGUGUGAUUGUUAUCUAUUCAUUCCAAUAUUUAUUGCUUUCUGCUUGCCUAGUUGUUAAAGUUAAUAUAAAAAAAUGACAUUUACUAUUUCCUUGUUUAUUAGGCACAAUGUUAGCAAUUUAUUAGCUCAAAAUUGUCCUUCCAAAGUUCCCCGCAGCCUAAAGCUUCUGUGUUCAUAAUAAUUGAACUAAUAUUGCUCCCGUGUUACGGCUAGUAGUUGAAUGCCACAUGCUGCCUGUGUUUCCAGGAUAUUAUGGACCAUUUGUGUACUUUUCAUCAUGUAAAUGAUUACUUUGAAUAACAUUUCAACCGAUGUAUGACAUGUAUAAGUAUGGAUGUCCUGAGAACACAGUAGCACCAUAGUGAAACUUUUGAAACCAAUUUCUUGUAAUUAUGAGUAUUUUACAACAUAUUCUCAAUAAUAAUCUACACACUAUGUUGUAUGUACUUAUAGGAUAUAUUGUAAUAUUGCCACUAUUGGAAUAAGGCCUUUGGUUUCAAUCCUUUUGAUGUAACACAUUGAUGUGGUGUUAACCAACACAAGGUUGGCUAAAUUUGAAGUUUCUCAUAGUUUAAGUAUUAAUUGUGAUCUCAUAACAUUAUCAGCCAGCCGCAGUUGUGUUCACGCUACCAGUUGAUGUGUAUCCUAACAAGUUAUGACAAUAUUGCACAGAAUUAGGUCCAGUACGACAAGUAUGAGCCUAGGGGCCUAGGACAAGUUCUCACUAGCUAGUCAAGUUGUUCAUUUAGUUGAUUGUACUUCAAUGUGACUUAUUUAUAUUAUUUUAGAGAUCAAAUUAUACACUAUUAUUAUAAAUAUAAGGCAAUGUGUUUAUCAUAUUUUUUAAGGAGUGUAAAUUCAACUAUACCA